UGUUCUUUCCGUCUUCCUUACCUUUUUAAGCCUUUGUCUUAUCCCCUAUUUUCAUCUGAAAAGGCCAUGGUGGCGUCAAUGGCAUCCAUGGCUACCCGUUUCAGAACAAGAGCUAUGGUCAACCUAUGUUAUUUGGCGGUCGUGUUUUGUGCAUUCUUGGUUCCAAGUUUUGCGGAGCUUCAAAGGAUCGAACACCCGACAAAAAGUGAUGCGUCACUUAGCUUUUUGGUUGUUGGAGAUUGGGGCAGGAAAGGGUUUUACAAUCAAUCUGAAGUUGCUUUUCAGAUGGGAAGGAUUGGAGAGAAACUAGAUAUAGACUUUGUCAUCUCAACAGGUGAUAAUUUCUAUGAUAAUGGGCUAGAAGGUGUAUAUGAUCCAGCAUUCAGGGAAUCCUUCACAAACAUUUACACCGCUAAAAGCUUGCAAAAGCAGUGGUACAGUGUUUUGGGAAAUCACGAUUAUAGAGGUGAUGCAGAGGCACAACUGAGCCCUAUUCUACGAAGGAUUGACAAACGAUGGCUUUGUCUUAGAUCUUUUGUCCUUAAAACAGAAAAAGUAGAAUUCUUCUUUGUUGACACUACUCCAUUUGUGGACAAGUACUUCACAGAGCCAGAUUAUACUUAUGAUUGGAGAGGUGUUGAACCUCGAAAAACUUACCUUGCUAAUCUUCUCAAGGAUUUGGAUACAGCAUUGAAAAAGUCGACUGCAAAGUGGAAAAUUGUUGUUGGUCACCAUGCAAUUAGAAGUGUUGGGCACCAUGGCGACACUCCCGAGCUUAUCAAGUUCCUGCUUCCAAUACUCAAGGCCAAUAAUGUUGAUCUUUACAUAAAUGGGCAUGACCACUGUUUGGAGCACAUUGCAAGCCUUGAUAGUUCAAUCCAGUUUCUAACAAGUGGAGCAGGGUCGAAAGCAUGGAGGGGUGACCUUAAACUCCAUGAUAAUCAUGCUGUAAAGUUCGUCUAUGAUGGCCAAGGUUUCAUGUCUGUGAAGAUGACUGAGAAUAGUGCCCUGAUUGCCUUCUAUGAUGUUGCUGGCAAGGUUUUGCACAAAUGGAAGAUUUCUAAACAGCUGCAUUCUGCAAUAUAAAAGCUUCCGCAAACAAGCAGAUCAAAAAAGAACAAAAAAUUGUAUGGUCUGUAAAUUAUCUUAGUAGUGAUGGAAUAUGUUGGAGAUUUCUGUAGAUAUGUAAAUUUUGUCUCCAAUUUCUCUUAUAUCCAUAGAGGUUCCC